AACCUCAAAAUAAUCCCCCUCAUAUGACAAAACACUUUAGGAGACCGUUGACCCUCACGGUGACGAUGUUGGUCGUCAUCGCAUUGAUAUAUACCAUCUCCGGUAGCAAUGAUACCGUCGAAGGUGUCACCCCCAUCAACUUAGACAAGACCCCCGACCAAUUCCAUUUGAACAACCAGGACGCUAUUGCCAAUGUCAAUUUACACAGCGGUUACUCGGAAGAGAGUAUUUUGGUUGACGACAAGGAAUUCUCCACGAACGAGCAAGGCGAAGUCACCUCCGAAAUGGCCUCAGUACCAGAGUCCCAGCUUCAGGUACAAGUGAUUCCUGAGUCCCAGCCCAUGUUUGGGGAAAUCACUGAACAGCCAUUUAUGCCCAAGAUGGCUAACGAGACGUUGAAAGCACAACUCGGAAACGCAGCGUGGCGCUUGCUCCAUACGAUCUUGGCCCGUUAUCCCGAGAAGCCGUCGAAGCAAGAACAGACCACCUUAUUGCAGUAUAUUCAUUUGUUUGGACAAGUGUAUCCUUGUGGAGACUGUGCUCGACACUUCCAAGGCCUUUUGAAAAAGUAUCCUCCACAGGUGACUAACCGUAAGACAGCUGCGAUCUGGGGGUGCCAUGUCCACAACAAGGUGAACGAGAGAUUGGGUAAGCCGGAGUUUGAUUGUACGACGAUUUUGGAGGACUACGACUGUGGGUGUGGUAGCGAUGAGCAGGAAAUCGACGUGACGUUAGGUGGCCAGUCGGUCAACAACUUGCACGAGGUGCACAUCGAAGAGGAGGAAGAGCAAUUUGGGGGUUAGGUUAUGAAUUGAUAUAAAUGUACGUACUUUACAUGAUAACGCAGCACCCCAGGGUGGUGGAGGCCAGUUUGUGAGUAUUUUGAUGGAUUUGAAACCGUUGGAAUCGGUUUUGUUCGGGAGAAAGGCUCCACAUGAUGGGGAUCAAGUAGUCAGGGAUUUGGAGCGUGUAGUUGAUGAUGGAGAGCGAGGCUUCGGAGGUGGGCACACGCGGUCUGAGAAGACUUUCUUUCAACUUCAAGUUAAGUUCUUGGAUGCGCUGCAACUUGAUCUGCUGGAUCUUGGAUCUGAGGUCGUCUUCCAUGACUGCAAAAUGUGGGACUUUUUGAUCCCCUGAGCGCGAAAAGCUGGGUAGGCCGAAAUCCCACAUUUGCACCAAUUGGAACGAAUAAUACCACUAGGGGCUGGGAAGGUUCACUUCAGGAGGCAUAGUCUCAUGGCAGGUGCUCCCGUCCUUACACGAAGAACAAGAGCAAAAUGCACGCGGCAAUCACCGUAGCCAAGAUAAACGUGUCUCUUCUUCUUCGAGUGUUGAUUCUUGAUAUCAAUGUCCCAAUUCCUGGCACUCGCUGAAGCGUGUUGGACAUCCGCAGUUGAGCGCUGUUAAGGUACCCUCUUUGGCUCAUCAACUCGUCUCGAGUGCGGUAGGCACUUGCCAACAAGUUAUUGGCAAUAUCAUUGAACCCACCCACUCGAACCGACUCGUCCAAAAUAUAGUCGUGGGCAUCAACAUCCUGGGCACUGGCUCGCUGGUCAGACCGUUGCUUGUGGCUGUUCAAGUCGGAUCGAAUGGAAAAUAACAAGUUGUUCUUAUUUUUGAUUUCUUGGAUGGAACCCGCCAACCGGGCAAAAAUUUGCUUGUGAUCAAUCAAGAUUUCCUUGUGUCUUGUCAACUGUUGUAGUUUGGACGUCGACAAGUUUUCAAACUCGUUUAUACGGUUCAACUUAUCAAUCAACUCCUCCCGGCGGGCGAACCCAUUAUGCAAUUGGGCGGUGAUGUUGGACUCUUGGUCAACAUCUUCUUUGAUCAGAAGGUUCUUCUCGUACGCCGAGUACUUGGUGAGCCACAGGUCUGUUUGCUUCUCAAGCACAAGGAUCUGGUUUCGGAUCUGGGUAAACGUAGACAUGUUGGCGCAAAAGGUUAAC